ACAAGUUAGUCGGAGAGUGAACGGAGAAGAACUGUCCGAGUGGGGUGGGCCUGGAGGGGUAAUUGGCAGCUCCAAAGUCUGGGUGCUCUUAUCGCGCGAUUCGACUCCUCGUAUCCUAUCUGACUACCCCAUCCCGGAAUUGGCCCACCGGCUUCCGAGGUCAAGCUCUCCACACUUCAACACUACAACCUAUCUCUGAUAAUACAACUCACUCUUCACGCUCUGUAAAGUUACGGCGAACCCAAGCAGCCUCACCCCGGAAAGUCUGCCAUAGUCGAACCUAUACCGCGAAGACCCGGCCAUCAUGGCGACCUCAACGGCCCAUCGCCGCCUUCUCCAAGAAUACCGCGCCUUGACCAACAACCCACCAGAAGGCAUCACCGCAGGCCCCGUCUCCGAAGAAGACCUCCUACACUGGGAAGCGCUGAUCCAAGGGCCCGAGGGGACGCCAUUCGAGGGCGGUGUAUUCCCUGCUGAGCUCAAGUUCCCGAAAGAUUACCCGCUCGCGCCACCGUCCAUGAAAUUCAUCGGCGAGGUCUGGCAUCCUAAUGUAUAUCCAAGCGGGCUGGUCUGCAUCUCGAUUCUACACCCCCCGGGAGACGACCCGAACCACUACGAGCAUGCAUCCGAGCGUUGGUCGCCAAUCCAGAGUGUGGAGAAGAUCUUAAUCUCAGUGAUGAGCAUGCUAGCGGAGCCGAACGACGAGAGUCCUGCGAAUGUGGAGGCUGCGAAGCAAUGGAGGGAGCAUAGGGCAGAGUACGAGCAGAGGGUUAGGGACGGAUGCCGGAGGAUGCUAGGUUUGUGAGGCGCUAUUUCACAAUAAGACGUGGGAGUGAGGAUGGUAACAAUAUCUGGCAUUGUGGUUGGGUUUACGUAGCGUCGGCGUGUAUGGAGUUUAUUAGGGAUAAUGAGAAAACGUGUUCUAAUGGUCGUGGAACUGGUGUCCCUUCUCUUCUUCGUUCUGCUUCGUGGCGUAGGCGUUCGUGUGCUUCCAUAGCAUCAUAAUUAUAUUUGAGUAGGCGUUGACGAUGGUGGGGAUUACAGCACUCUAGGGCAGGGUGAUAUUCACAUGGAAGCUCUAGAAAUGGUACCACAG